AAAUAUCAAACCACCGAAGAAGAAGAGGGCGGAAGCGCAUGGUGGACUGUGUGCAAAAAGACAACACGUUUUGCGAUUUAAACUCUUUUCUUUUUCUGUUUGCGGAUUGUUUUUCCUCAUUCAUCCAUCAUGGUUCGAGCUAAACGAGGGAAGCCUGUGAAAACGCCAAAGAAGACAGAGCAGUUUCAGGAAGAUGAUCCUGAAGCCUACAGCAGCAUGCCUGUCCCUGAUAAGAAAUCUGCACAGUACACAAAAGACAAAAUCGACCAGUUUCACGAUGAGAAGAUUGCGAACCUUCUGGCCCGCGGCGUUCAGGUGGACAGCGAUAUGGAGGAAAUGGACGACGAGGAGGAGGUGAUGGCGCUGGACGAUUCAGAGUCAGAAGACGAGGAGGAGGAGGAGGAGGAAGAGGAACUGGAGGAAGAGGGGACAGACAUGGAGAGCGAUCUCGAGGGGAAAAAGGAGGACGAUCUUCCCAACGAAAUGGCGUGGGGCAAGAAGAAGAAAAUGUUCUACGACUCGGAUUACGGCGCCAUCAAGGGGAAAUCGCAGGAGGACGUAGAAGCUGAGGAACAAGAGGAAGAGGAGGAAGCCAAAAACAUCCAGAAACGUUUAGCUGCAAAUCUGAGCGAGGAAGACUACGAUUUAAACUUCUUUCAGGAGUUUGCAGUGGACGAGAAAGAAGAAGAGGAGAAAAUUAAGACUGCAGAGAAGAAGGAGAGGAUCGUGAAAGACCUGAAGCAGAUGUCUCAGAAAGAGAAGAUGAAGCUUUUAAAGAAGGAGUCACCGGAGCUGCUGGAGCUCAUUCAGGACUUCAAGGCCAAGCUGACGGAGCUGAAAGACGAGGUGCAGCCGCUGGUUCAGAUGGUGAAAGACGGAAAGAUCCCAGCAGGGAAGGGUGCAGACUACCUGAGGACCAAACAGCAGCUUUACCUGAACUACUGCACCAACAUCAGCUUCUACCUGGUGCUGAAGGCCAAGCGGAUCCCGGCUCACCACCACCCCGUCAUCGAGAGGCUGCUCACCUACAGGAAUCUCAUCAAUGAACUGGGUGCGGUGGACGCUCGGUUAGCGCCGCAGUUCCGUAAGCUGCUGGCGGGCGACAGCGACAAACCAACCGGUAAACCGAACGAAGGGAAGAAGACCGGAGUCUCCAGCAGGAAACAAAAGGAGUCGGGAGAGGUCGAAGAGGCCGAGGAGGAGGAGGAGGAGGACUCCGACCUGGACGAGGAGGCGGCGCUGCGUUUCUACAGAGACGUGGAGGAGCGGCUGAAGAGGAAGAGGAAGAGCAACAAGCCGGAGGCCGCAGAGCUGGAGGAGGAUGGAGACGAGGAUGAGCUGGAUGCAGAUGAGAAGAGAGGAAUCACCUACCAGAUGGCGAAGAACAAAGGGCUGACUCCGAAGAGGAAGAAGAUGGACCGCAAUCCCAGAGUCAAGCACAGACACAAGUUCAGACGUGCCGUCAUCCGCAGGAAGGGACAGGUACGGGAGGUCCGCCGGGAGGAGACCAGGUACAGCGGAGAGCUGUCUGGAAUCCGAGCUGGAAUCAAGAAGAGCAUCAAACUCAAGUAACGCGGAGGAAGUUCCCAGUUCCUCCUCCAAAUGGAACCCAGAACACUCACAAAGUUUUACAGGUUUAUUGGACUUCAGCCCAUCACAGAUUUCUCGUUGUUAAAACUAAUAAACGUUUCUGUCCUGAAUUAAUGUACAAUGUGGAUC